CCAAUGAGUCCAAUGAGCCCCACGUCCUCUCAGAACAACGCCCCAGGCUUUCAGCAGCAGCUCCAGCAGCAGCAGCAACAGCUAGGUUACAGCAAUGCACCUCCUCCCUCAACUCCUCAGGCAUUGCAUUACACAGCAAGCGGAUCUACAGCUUCAGCUUCAGCAAGCGCGCCUCCUCCUCCUCAACUGUUUUGGACCCAACGGCGGAUCCUUGGUUUGAACCCCUUUCCACGGUUUCAGCACACAGGUUCAGUCACCUCUACAGGAACAGACAUCUUUGUGUUUGGUGGCAACCAGCGCGGCGUUCCAAAGGACGAUCUCUUUGUCAUUGACACCGUGUCCCUCGAAUGUCAGGCUGUGGCCCCUGCAAGUGCAGACCCACCUAUGCCCAAGAGCGGACACUCCGCUGUGAACAUUGGCCAAUAUAUCAUCUACUUUGGCGGUUGGGAUCAGACGACGGGGCAGUGUGAUGAUAGUCUGCAUGUGCUGCACACGGCCAGAAAGGAAUGGAACAAGCCUUUGAUUCAGGCUCCAUUGCCCACACCGCGCCACUCUCACUCCGGAUGCAGUGUCGGCACAACGAUGUACAUUUUUGGAGGCCAGGUCGACGACCACUAUCUCGGUGACAUUGUUUCCUUUGACAUGAAGACGAUCACUCAUAACCCGCGAUGGGAGUUCAUUGAACCACAAACCGAGUCACCCCCAGCACGGUCAGGUCACUGUACAGCUGUCUAUGAUGGUAAAAUCUAUAUUUUCGGAGGAGCAGAUGCAGACUACUUCUAUAAUGACAUCUGGUGCUUUGACACACGUGUCAACACGUGGACACCCAUUCCAGCCUCAGGAUAUCUGCCAACGGGUCGUCAUGGCCACGCUUGUGUCAUCGUUGACGGUGUGCUCUACGUCUUUGGAGGAACCAGCCCCGAUGGCACAGAGCUAAACGACGCCUAUGCAUUCAGGAUACACGAACGUCGAUGGUAUAUAUUCCAGAACACUGGCUCUGCAGCCAGCCCUCGCAGCGGACACACCAUGUGCACGAUAAAAGACCGAAUCUACGUGCUUGGAGGAGACACUCAACAGGGUCUCGGUGAUGAUUCUGCUAUGAUCCAUUAUCUUGAGAUCCCCAAGAUCCGCUUUCCGGAUGCCUCUCAGACUAUACCACCUCGACAGGUUUCGUCUGCUAAACUCAUUCCCAAUCGACCAGGGGCUGGAUCACCCCAGCCAUCUCAACAGCAGCAAGGAGAUAUCCCAUCAGAUGUCGAUUCGGAUCGCAAUUCUGGUCAAUCUCAGACACCCAACAGACCAGACCGCCCAGAUAGACCUGCACGCCCUGAUCGGUCAUUAACCCAGCGACCAACCUCUCCAGCAACUUUUGCAACAGUCGACAGACAGGUCUCGGCAGCAAACCCGAACAUAUCUCAGCAAACCAGCCAGCUCAUGAAUCCACAACUUGGUCAGCGUCCAUUAACGACAAUGGGUGCACCGCCACCCCGUGGAGCCAGCGUAGCCCACGAUCAACAAUCAGAACAUAUAUCUAUUGCCAUGCGGCGACAAACUUUCAAGGAGGACGCGAACAGUGGAUAUGGUGCUUCCGGAGCAGGCAAUACUAGCCCGACAGCAAAUCGUCGAACUAUGCAGGCGAUGCCCGGAGCUCCCCCCAGUAAUGGAGCCAACUCCCCUUCAUCCCUUCGUUUAAACAAUUCUUCUGAAGUUUCAUAUCUUCCGAACCGCGGAGAGAUGAGUCCUACUACGACGAGACACGAGCGCCGGGCAGUCAAUGGUUUGUCGCCGGCUGCUCCUGCUAGUAGCCGUAAGGAAGAUGAGGUCAACCCUUACGCUAUGGACGUCAUCGCUGCCUCGCAGGAUACUCAAGGCAAUGGCUCAGAAACCUAUGUUCCUCCUCCUCCGCUGUCUGCUGGUACGCGCCAGAAUCUACCACAGGCGCCCACAACACCUUCGCCACUAGUUUCGGGACAAAUCUCAAUGCCUGCAAGUGGCUCCAUGCCUCCACCAGGCUCUCAAGGAAUCACAAACCGGUCCCCAUCCCCUGCAACGGGACGUGCUUACAGCCGCGUAGCAAAUACUCCUCCUCCCCAUCUCACAUCUGCUGCUGGCGCAAGCCAAGCGGAAUCUGGCUCGACUGCGCCCGCAAAUAUGGCCAUACAGGAAGCAUACAGCCGUUUGGAGCAGCAGAUGAAGGAACGCGACGAUGAGCUGGCGCUGUUGCGGAAACGUGAGAACUGGUUAGUGGCGGAAGUUAUGCUGGCGCGCCAGAUGUCAGGUAGUGAAUUCCAGCAGCAUCAACAGGCGCAUUUAAACGACAAGAGGCUCUCGAUGGCGGAUCUGGAAAAGGAGAUUGCGGAUUAUCAGCUGGAUGGACAUCAGCUGAAAGUUGCAGAGGCGCUGUUAAAGGUCAAGGAAGAGUUGAGGAAUGCCAAGAUGUCGAUUGCGACUCAGGCUCAGGCGGCUUCACUAAAGAUUAAGGAAGCCGAGCGUAUCAGAACAGGCGCUCUCCAGGAGGCCGCUUAUCUCAAAGCAAAAUUGUCUUCCAUGUCAAACGCCCAGCAAGACCCUGGAGCCCUUGCCCGGGUCGAAAUGGAGCGCGCUUCAGACCUCGAGAAGCGACUGACGUUCGCUCUUGGGGAGAUGGAAGUUCUGGAAGCACAGUAUGCCAAGAGUCAGGAGAGUCUCCAACAGGAGAAAUUGGCACGUCUUGCAGCUGAGGAGCGAUCGAACGGUGCAUCGGUUUUGGCAGAACAGGCGCAGACAGCCCAUACCAGGGCUUUAGCAGAGUUAGCAUCACUGCAUGCACGUGCAUCUAAAGCUGAAGCAGAGUCCCGAGAGUGCGCAACCCAGCUGGCAGAGAGCCAAGCUGGUUUUUCAGGACACCAAUCACAGUCGUCUGGAUUGUUGCAGAGGAUUACAGACCUGAAGCAGCAGGUCGAGGAGCAUCAGACAGCGCUGGAGAGGACGCAGAUGGCUUAUUCGGCUGCAAAUGAGAGAGCCAUGCGUGCAGAGGCUCUCUGUGACGAGUCUUCGGGCAAGCUGGAGAAACUGGAGGCUCUGAGAUCGGAGCUGGCUAGCGAGCUCGGUCGAUACAGGGGUGAGGCGGAACGGUUGCAGUCCAAGGCUGAGGAGUUAGAAAACCGCUGGCAGAUUUCCAAAGACGAGGUCAUCACUCUACGAAAGCUGGUUGAAGAUGGACUGGGUGCCUUCAACCCACGCGGCAAACCGGCGCAGUCGGCAGAGCGCAAGCAUGACAGCAUUGCGAUCCUGAACACGGUCUCGAAGGUAUCCGAGUUGGAGCACGAACUCAGCUCGCUUAAGGUCCUACACAAGAAUUCGCAGGCGUCGGCAUCGAAGUCUGCAGCAGAGUUGGCAGAUGCUAUGAUUGACCUCUCGCGACUGGAGCAGAGCUCUAUGAAGGCCAAGGCGGAGUCCAUCUCGUUGCAGAAGCAGUUGGCAGGAGUGCGCGAGGGCAACGCAGAGCUGAUGAACGAGCUCAGCAAGGUGGAGCAGGAGCUUGAAAAUAAGGUCAAGGAAGUGGAGAAUAACGAGGUUCAACUUGGACUACUCAAGGAUGUGAUGCGAGAGAAGGGCAUCAUUGCUGAAGACAUCAUGCUUCAAGCAGCGGUCCGUGGAUCGGGAGAUUAUGCUGCUUCAAUGGAGGCCAAGGUCAAGCGGACAGAGGAACAUGCCAAGUCACUGGAGCAGGAGCUGGAGGAGACCCGUGAACAUUUCACGCAGCAGAUGGAGACCUUUGAGGCUCAGAGACAGGCGACAGUCCAGCACUCGGAAAAGACUGGCCUUCUGUUGCGAAAGAUGAAGAAUGAUCUAGCAACUACCUUGAAGGAGAAGGAGACCGCUGAGGCCAACUUGAGGCAGCUUCAGGAGACCCAUGCCCGAUGCAGUGAGCUCUCUCAGUCGCGAGGUGUCGAUGGCAGGCGACAGGAAGACGAACGUGUCCAGAUGCUACAGCUUCACUGGGAUGAGGAGCGUGGCGAUUUGACGGCACAGAUCAGUGGCCUUCAGAACCGCCUGGCUGAGGCUGAGUCGCACUCUGCAGAUCUCUCUCGAAAGGUGAUCUCGCUUACUGAGCGGAUUGAAGAAGUCGAGACAUUGAACGAGGCCAUCUCGGAGCAAGUCGAGACUAUGCAGGAGCAAGCGGACGCUUUCAAGGCCAAGGCAACGGCUCAAGAAGCGCAACUCAAGUCGGAUGUAGAGCGACUGGUGAACGAGGUCCAUCAAGCCCAGGAAAUGGUCCAAGCGAAGCAGCGAGAACUGGAAAACGCAUUCACUCUGAACGAGCAGCUCGCGACACAACUCGAUCACGCGCUCCAGGCACAGGCUGCCGCCGUCAGUGCCUCGUCCGGAAAGGGUGGUGCUGGCUCAGAGGCGACAUUGGCGGUAUUUGCACAGCAGCGUCAGGAUCUAGAGCAGCGACUCAAGCAGGCUCAGGAGUCGAUCCAGGUUCUCGAGGGUGACAACUCUGUGCUCGAGGCUAGAUUGCUGGAGUCGGAGAAGAAGGUCGCCCUGCUCCUGGAGAACAUGCAGAGCAGUGUAUCCAACCCUACCUCGCCACUCAAUUCGAGCAAUUUUACGGGUUUCCAUCAGCAAUUGAGCCAGCAGCUCGCUCGCGGUGUCAGUCAAUCGAAUGCGGCAUUGAACUCUGCCGUGGGCCCGCAUUCAUCGUCUUCAGCACAUCACCAUCCUUCAUCCACGAACCAGCAUUUUAAUAACGCCGUUAGGAGCAGCAGUAGCCCUCGAGCGGGCAGCAGGAACGGAAACAGGCCUUCAGGAUCAUCUCCUUCAGGUCUUCAGAUCCAGAAGAAGAAUAGUCCCAGUCCUAACCAGUAUACAAACACGGAUGAUCUGUACAACUAUACCGGCUCCCCCCAGAACAGCGGAGGAGGACAGUAUACGGAUGGCCUCAGGAAUGAGGAUGAGGACAUUAACUCUCGACUGUAUCGCGAUUCUGUGGACUCGAUUACCCGAGAGCUCGAGUUGUUGAAGGUGCCCUGGAACAAGGGCAAUGCCGCCAGCAGCAGUGGUACUACUUCUGGGGCGGAAGGCGGUCGCAAGUCAGCGUCGCCCCUUCGACGACAGCAGGAGCAGCCUCGCCAGGAACAAUCUCGCCAGGAACAACCUCGUCAGCAGCAACAGCAGUAUGGAAACUAUUACGGAAACAACACCGGUGCUGGAGGAGCUAAUCGCUACAUGUACGACGAUGAAGACGACGAAGAGGUGGGCGUGAGUUACCUUGCGCACUUGCAGCCACGCACGUCCACCUACCAACAACAGCAAAAGACUGUGGAUACCCACUCGUUCAAUGACCGAAGCCCCUCGCGGCUGAAGGAGUAUGAGCAAAUGAUUGACGAGAUUGAGAAUGCGAGAAAGCAGCAAUAGAGACAGGAGGAGGACAUUUUUUUAUAUUUUUGUUCCAGUAGAGCUACAAGUUAUUUUUUUAGAUUCUUGUUUAUUAUCAUGCACCACUCUCCACGCAUCUUUUACACAUUCGCACGCACAUUUCAUGAGAGCCAGCACAAUGACCACCGGCAAAAAAAAAUAAUAAAACCAUUAACUUAUUAACGCAU